AUGACAACAAGUAGGAUUAAUGCAGUCGUUAAAGUGUUGUUAGCAUCACAAAAAAAAGCAGUUUAUGACAUGGGAUUUAGUUCAUUGUUGAAGUUAGACGUGGAUGUUGUACCAUGGUUGCUAAAAUAUUAUCUUCUAGAUGUGUACGAUUCAGAAAGCAAUAGACUUGUGAUGGAGAAUGGAAUGAUUGAAAUAACAAAAGAGCUGGUGCAUAAGAUGAUGGAUUUACCAAUGGAAGGGGAUGAUCUGAGUAGAAUGCCUUACUGUGAAACCGGUAAUGAGAUUCUUGAAGAAUGGAAAGCACAAUAUGUAGACAAGAAGUUUCAAGGUGAAGCAUAUGUGAAACAUAUUAGAAGUACAGAAGAAGACAAUAUGAUAUUCAAGUUGAACUUUCUUAUUCUAUUCAUUAACACCUUCAUAGAGUCAAUGGUUGGUGCCUACAAACUAGAAAGGAUUUGUGGAGAAGGGAUGACAAAACAGGCUACUACUCGGGACCUAUUACUUUGUUAUUGGUAUGAAAAUAUAAAGUUGGAGAAAAGGAUACCAUUUAUUUCACAUGUUAAGGGUGAUAAGCUGAUACAAAUACAAGAAAUGGAAAUUAAGUUGGGAGGGUUCGGGAGGCAAUUCAGAGAUAGUUACCUAAAUUAUGAGAGAAUGGGGUGUGAAGAAGAGGAGGAAGAAUCCGAACUUUAUGGGGACAUUGACCCAUUUGUUGCUGUAUUGGAGCACAGUUAUGGUAAAUUGCUAUCAAAGAAGAGUAACAUGGAAGUUGCAUUAAAACAUGGUUUGCAAAAAUUUCCUGAAAGUAAAGUACUGAAAGAGUGGAUAAUUAAGAAAAAUGAGUUGUUUAAUGAGAACGAUUAUGUUAAGGAGAAUUAUAAUGAAAAUGAUAUUCCAUACCAUGGAAAAGAACUUGUUGAAUAUCAAGGAGAUUUGUCACCUAUUAGAGGUUUGGUACGUAAGAGAAAGGAUAUAGAUGAAGGAUGUAGUUAUGUGGAACCACGUAUGGAAAAUGAAUUGACACAUGAUGAUCUUACAAUGACUCAGUUUUAUAAGUUACCAGGUGUGAUGGAUGAAAUGAUAGAUAUGGCAAGUAAAACAGAGAUGAUGUUUUCAAGUAGUAAACGUGUAGAAGAAGAAGAAAAUCCAAUAGUUAUGGUAGGAUUUAAUUCGAAUGAAGGAAGAAAUCUAGAGGAGGAGCUGAACAAUGUUGCAAAUGAAGAUGAUAAUGGUAAAAGGGGAAAAGGGGACAAGAAAUCUACAAAUUUAUUUCAUUCCCCUUUUAUUGAACUAGUGAUUAGAGUUGAUGUUAAGUUGAAGAAUGAGGAUAUUGAUAGGCGCACUUCAAUAUUUACAUCUAAAAGAAAUAAUGGAUUAGUGGAUCCGAUUUGGGAUAUUGGAGUUGGCGAAGUUUUUCACCAAGGAUUUGUGUACCAUUUUAAAAGGGAUGUGUAUAUCCAUUCUAGAAUAAUAGAUUGUUGGGCAGCAUUCCUUAAUAAGAUGGAGGAGUACAGGGACAAAGGAUCGAUAGUUAGAUUGUUCUUGGACACAAAAUUUCUGACUAGUGAAAUUUUGAACAAAUCGGAUGUAGGAGUCGAAACAUGCAGAUUGUUUGAUGGGUUGCUGAGAGUUUACACUAACAAGUUUAAAGUUUUCAUCCCAGUAGUGGAUGUUGAUAUGUAUUAUGUGGUGUGUUUUGAUCUGAGGACAGGAAAGUGCUUCAUAAUUGAUCAUGUGAACCGAAAAGGAAGCGUUGAUAUUGAAACUGUUGUGCAACUACUUAUCAGUAAAAAUCAUUCAAAAGUAAAAGCUUUAAUUGGAGCUGAACCACAUGUGAUGAACAUUCGUUGGCAUGUAGCGAAACUGGGACCAAAUUGUGGAUUAUAUCUAAUGAGACACAUGGAAAGUUAUAUGGGAGAAGGUGAAGGGCGAUGGGAUUCUGGUUUUAUAGGAAAAGGGAAUGCAGAUACAGUUGCACUUAUGAAUUUAAGGACCAUGUAUUUGGCUAGAAUAAUGAAAUCCGAAUUCAAUGUGCAUAAAAAAUGCUAG